CCCAUUCUACCCUGAGGGUUGUCUCAGAAGAUGGAAUCACCCUCGGCACAUGUGGUCUCCCUGCCAGAGGAUGAGGGGCUGCAGCCCAAGGGCAGCCCUGAAUGCCCUGACCAGCACCCAGGAAGACUGGGCCCGAGAGAGUAUGCCCAGCCUGGGGUUGUGGAGAAGGUGCGACCAAACUGGGACAACCCCCUGCAGUUCUUGCUUACCUGCAUCUCCUAUGCUGUGGGCCUCGGCAAUGUGUGGCGCUUCCCCUACCUGUGCCAGAUGUAUGGCGGAGGGAGUUUCCUGGUCCCCUACAUCGUCAUGCUCAUCGUAGAGGGGAUGCCGCUCUUGUACCUGGAGCUGGCUGUGGGGCAGCGCAUGCGGCAAGGCAGCAUCGGUGCCUGGAGGACCAUCAGCCCCUACCUCAGUGGUGUCGGCAUUGCGAGCUUGGUGGUCUCCUUCUUGAUCUCUGUGUAUUACAAUGUCAUCAACACGUGGUCUCUCUGGUACCUCUUCAAUUCCUUCCAGGAUCCCCUGCCGUGGUCUGUCUGCCCACUGAAUGGUAACCGCACAGGCUAUGAUGAGGAGUGUGAAAAGGCUUCGUCGACGCAGUACUUCUGGUACAGGAAAACACUCAACAUCUCACCAUCCAUCCAGGGGGAUGGAGGAGUGCAGUGGGAGCCAGCACUGUGCCUCACCCUGGCCUGGCUCAUUGUCUAUCUGUGUAUACAGCGGGGUACUGAGUCAACUGGCAAGGUGGUCUAUUUCACUGCAUCGAUGCCCUACUUUGUGCUCAUCAUCUACCUGAUUCGGGGUCUCACACUCCACGGAGCCACCAAUGGCCUGGUAUACCUGUUCACUCCCAAGAUUGAGGAACUAGCCAACCCCAAGGCCUGGAUCAAUGCAGCCACGCAGAUCUUCUUCUCACUGGGCUUGGGGUGUGGUGGCCUGAUUGCCUUUGCUAGCUACAAUGACCCCUCCAACAACUGCCAGAAGCAUGCCAUCAUUGUGUCCAUCAUCAACAGUACCACUGCCAUAUUUUCCAGCAUCGUGACCUUCUCCAUCUAUGGCUUCAAGGCCACGUUCAACUAUGAAAACUGCUUAAACAAGGUGAUUCUGCUGCUGACAAAUUCUUUUGACCUAGAAGAUGGCUUCCUGACAGCCAUCAACCUGGAGGAGGUGAAGAACUACCUGGCCUCCACCUACCCAAGCAAGUACAGUGAAGUGUUCCCACACAUUAGCAACUGCAGCUUGGAGUCAGAGCUGAACACGGCUGUCCAGGGCACGGGCCUGGCCUUCAUCGUCUACACUGAGGCCAUUAAAAACAUGGAUGUGUCCCAGCUGUGGUCAGUUCUCUACUUCCUCAUGCUGCUGACGCUGGGUAUGGGGAGCAUGGUAGGGACAGGAACGGCCAUCCUCACCCCUCUGACGGACAGCAAGGUCAUCUCCAGCUACCUGCCCAAGGAGGCCAUUUCAGGUCUGGUGUGCCUCAUCAGCUGUGCCAUCGGCAUGGUGUUCACCAUGGAGGCUGGGAACUACUGGUUUGACAUCUUCAAUGACUAUGCGGCCACGCUGUCCCUGCUGCUCAUCGUGCUGGUGGAGACCAUAGCUGUGUGCUACGUGUAUGGGCUAAAGAGAUUUGAAAGUGACCUUCAGGCCAUGACUGGCUGCACCCUCAACUGGUACUGGAAGGCCAUGUGGGCGUUUGUGAGUCCAGUGCUCAUCGUCAGCCUCUUUGUCUUCUACCUGAGUGACUACAUCCUCACAGGGACACUGCAGUACCAAGCCUGGGAUGCCACUCAGGGCCACGUGGUGACCAAGGAUUACCCCACACAUGCGCUAGCUGUCAUUGGGAUUCUGGUAGCCUCCUCUACCAUGUGUAUCCCUCUGGUAGCCCUGGUGACUUUUGUCACACGCCACUGCACGAGCAGAGCAAAGUUUCCUACGGCCUGA